CAGCGGUCGCCGUGCCGGCCCCGAAUCGCGCUCCCGGCCGCUCGGACCCGACCUUCCCUGCGCUCUGCUCCGGCGCCAGCCACCUCCCCGCGGCGCCAUGACCACCACCACCACCUUCAAGGGCGUGGACCCCAACAGCAGGAACAGCUCCCGGGUUUUGCGGCCUCCAGGUGGUGGAUCCAAUUUCUCACUAGGUUUUGAUGAACCCACAGAACAACCAGCAAGGAGGAACAAAAUGGCCUCUAGCAUCUUUGGGACCCCUGAGGAAAACCCCCCUUCUUGGGCCAAGUCAGCAGGUGCCAAGUCCAGUGGUGGCAGAGAAGAGCCCGAGCCGUCGAACUCUUCCGAAGCAAGCUCUGGAGACUUCUUGGACCUGAAGAACACGUGGACACAGAUUUGCAGGCCAGCGUGGGGCACAGCGAAGAGAAGCCGGUGCCUGCUGCACCUGUGCCCAGCCCGGUGGCGCCCGCCCCGGUGCCGUCCCGGAGAAACCCUCCUGGUGGCAAGUCCAGCCUCGUCUUGGGUUAGCUCCGACCGUCCCGAACUCUGUCGUUUUGUUUGUUUGUUUUCUCCAUGCUUGUGAACUGCACAACUUGAGCCUGACUGUACAUCUUUUGGAUUUGUUUCAUUAAAAAAGAAGCACUUUAUGUACUGCUGUCUUUUUUUUUUUUUUUGGAACAGGUUUCUCUAUCGUCCUGGUUCCUCCGGGUCUGUAGGCCAUGGCAUGAAUGUUUUCUAGCAGUAGUUUGGAGGGAAAGCUUUGUGACAGUACCGUGUUUUUAAGAACAGACAGUUUGGUUCCAAAUGUGUUAGAGGGUCUUUUGUACUGAGAUUUUUAAAACCCUUUUCUUGUCAGCUUUACUUGGGUUUAUGAGGCCUGGAUUGGACAGACCAGUGAACAGUCCACAGGCACCUCCCUGCAGGCCCAGCCUUCUUGGGGCGGCCCAAACUUGUCAGUGCCCUUUAAGAGCAUCUUCCUGUGCCAUAUGGGGCAAUACAGAGGCCGGUGCCUCGUGCCUUGCUGCCUGCAAAGCUCAAAAACUGCCUUCUCUUUUUGAACCGUAAGACAUAAGCCAGAUCCUAAGUAGACUGGCUGAUGAGCAAAGCCCUCUCUGCUGGGGCGCAGAGGAAGGCCGCGGGGUUCACAUGCACUGGCCGGUUGCAGGGGAAGCGAGCAGGGGUGGCCACACACCCUAGCGGCCCCGGGCAGUGCUCAUCUUAGAUACCUUGAAGCUGUGUGCAUGAUGCUGGUGCUUGACCAUGCAAGGAAAGUCUCAUCCUUAAAAUGUGUGUUGUUCCUCACAAUCCUGGACUGUUGCAUAAAGUAAACAAUGUACAAAUUUUGAAACACUGUG